AUGCGAAGCGAAGUGAAAUUGUGUUCUGCUGCAAGUGCUGAGUUCAAGUCGAGGGUUGCAGUGAGUGACAAAGGAACUGUAAAAACAGCGACAAUGGCAUUGGAUCACCACUCACCGUCUCUUCAGAUAUUAGUUCGGCGGCCGGAAGAAUGCUCGCUAUGGACUGGACCUCCGUUCCCAAACGGUCAGCCUAAUAUCAAGCUUGAUAAAGUUAAUUGCUUGAAUGCGAAGUUCAGUGAUGAUGGAUCUUCGUUUAUGGUGGUGAAAUCUAAUUCGAUUGUUAGUAUUUAUGAUUGUAAGAGUGCUCAAGAGAUUAGGUCUUUUCAAGUUCCUAAUCUUGUUGCUGCUAGUUUGUCCCCGAGGGGAACUUUUUUGCAAACGUUUCAAAAACCUGCGCCGCAAGAGAAGAAUGUGACGUUGUGGAAAACGGAGACGGGGGAUUCUGUUUAUCAACUCUCUCAGAAGAGUAUGACAAGAGUCAAUUGGCCUGCAAUUCAGUUCAGCUCUGAUGAAGCUACUGCAUUUCGCUUGGCAACUAAUGAGUUACAGUUUUUCAAUACUGGGGAUUUUUCUAAAGGAUUUGUUUAUCGGUUAAGAGUUCAAGGAGUUGCUUCUGCCGAGCUUUCUAGUUCACCUGCUUCUCAUGUAGCUGCAUUUGUUCCGGAAUCCAAGGGGGUUCCUGCUAGUGUACAGAUAUAUGCUUGUGGAAAUGCUUCCCAAAGUCAGCCUGUGGCUCGACGGAGUUUUUUCCGAUGUUCUACUACCCAGUUUAAAUGGAAUCAUGGUUCAACUGGACUUCUAGCUGUGGCACAGUCAGAUGUUGAUAAAACCAAUCAGAGUUACUAUGGAGAAUCGAAGUUAUACUACAUAACAACAGAUGGGAAGUAUGAAGGAUUAGUGCCUCUUCGGAAAGAGGGGCCUGUUCAUGAAGCUCAGUGGUCAUAUUCAGGCUUAGAGUUUGCUGUUGUGUAUGGGUUUAUGCCUGCUAAAGCAACUCUGUUUGACAAGAACUGCAAUCCUUUACUGGAGCUUGGAACUGGUCCGUACAACACUAUUCGAUGGAACCCGAAAGGGAAAUUUUUAUGUUUGGCUGGCUUCGGUAACUUGCCUGGCGAUAUGGUAUUUUGGGAUUACGUAGAAAAGAAACAGCUUGCAGCAACCAAGGCUGAAUGGUCUGUGACAAGUGAAUGGUCUCCGGAUGGGUGCUAUUUCAUGACAGCGACAACAGCUCCAAGGCUUCAAGUUGACAAUGGGAUCAAGAUUUUUCACUAUAAUGGGUCAUUGUACUUCAAGAAGAUGUUUGACAAAUUGUACCAGGCUGAUUGGAAACCAGAGUCACCAAAUAAGUUUGGUGAUAUCACUGAAUUAAUCAAGUCAUUGGACUCAAUCAAACUUGAAGAUAAAAAACCAUCAGGUCAAGGACCAAAACCAGCCCAGGCAUCUGUAAAAGUCUCUUCUGCCAAUCCUACUGCACAAAAACCUGCCGCAUAUCGUCCACCACAUGCUAAGAUUGCAGCUUCUAUUAAGGCAGAGUUGUUAGGAGAGAGCUCGACAGAAACACUGAGCAAGAAUGCUUUAAAAAACAAGAAAAAGAGGGAGAAACAGAAGGAGAAAAAGGCUGCAGCAGAUGCCAGUUCUUAA